CAGUGAAAGAAAGAGAGAGAUUUGACAAAAAAGAAAUAGCCCAAGAGGAGGGGAAAGGGAAGGAGAAGCACUGCGCAAUUGAAAACAUUGCUGCAUUUCUCAAGUGGCGUCUUCUCUAACCAAUUGUCACUCGUGACUCGUGACUCGUGAGAGAGAGAGAGAGAGAGAGAAAGGAAAAAGGAGAGAUUCGUCAAGAGAGAAUGGAGGCAAAGCGAGAAAUUCUUUUUCCGUAGAGAGAGAAAGACGAUGAACUGUCGGAGAGUGUUCAAGUCCGUACAAGCCUUGGCGGCUCACAGCUUCCUCUUCUGUUUCACGCUUGCUUUGGUGCUCAAGCUCGACCACACCGUCUCUUACUCCUGGUGGGCUGUGUGUCUACCUCUGUGGGCAUUCCAUGCUGUUGUUUCUAGGGGAAGAUUCUCGCUGCCUGCUCCAAUCGCUCCUCGUAACCGUCAUUGGGCUCCAUGUCAUGCUAUUGUUGCAACACCGUUGCUUGUAGCUUUCGAAUUGCUCCUCUGUGUAUACCUUGAGAGUGCAUAUGCUCGUUGGCCACCAGCUGUGAGUUUGAAGAUUGUUUUUCUCCCCUUGUUGGCGUUUGAAGUAAUCAUACUGGUGGACAAUGCCAGAAUGUGUCGGGCACUGAUGCCUGGAGAUGAGGAGAGCAUAAAUGACGAAGCAAUAUGGGAAGCACUUCCUCAUUUCUGGGUUGCGAUUUCCAUGGUGUUCUUUCUGGCUGCUACAAUCUUUACCCUCCUAAAGCUCUCUGGUGAUGUAGCUGCUCUUGGCUGGUGGGAUUUGUUCAUUAAUUUCGGAAUUGCAGAGUGCUUUGCUUUUCUUGUUUGUACAAAAUGGUCCAAUCCAGUAAUUCAUAGAAGCUCACGUGUCAGAGAACCCGGGUCAUCAUCUACCACUACUAGAUAUGUUGAUUGGAACAGUGGCCUUGUGGGCUUUUCAGAAGACGAUAGUGACCAAGAUGGAACGUGUGCCCUGCAAGAUAUUGGUGGUCAUCUUAUGAAAGUUCCCCUCAUUUUAUUUCAAGUGGUGCUUUGCAUGCAUCUUGAGGGAACUCCUGAAGGUGCUAAGUAUAUACCUGUACCAGUCCUGUUUUGUCCACUCUUCCUAUUGCAAGGCGUUGGUAUUGUAUUUGCUGCUUCUAAAUCAAUAGAGAAGGUUGUUCUGUUGCUGUGGAGCGAAGAUGAUACAGGAUUGUAUUUUAGAUUUUCAUCCAGAGCCCAUGAUUGCUUGGGUUUUUUGCACCAUGGAUCCAGGCUACUAGGUUGGUGGUCAAUUGAUGAAGGAAGCCGGGAGGAGCAAGCUCGACUAUACUUUGAUCAAGACUCUGGUUACAAUACCUUCUGUGGUCACCCGCCUGAAAUAGUCAAGAAAAUGCCAAAGAAAGAUCUUGCUGAGGAGGUGUGGAGACUUCAAGCAGCACUUGGUGAACAAACAGAAAUCACGAAAUUCAGCCAGCAGGAAUAUGAGAGACUGCAAAAUGAGAAAGUGCUGUGUAGGGUUUGUUUCGAAAGAGAAAUCAGUGUAGUACUACUUCCAUGCAGACACCGUGUUCUCUGCAGUUACUGCUCAGAUAAGUGUAAAAAAUGUCCCUUUUGCCGUAUAACCAUCGAAGAGCGGCUCCCCGUAUAUGAUGUUUAACAUCUAAACUCGACCCUCUUCGAUCAAAGAUUUUAAGUGUAUGUAUAUAUGUCCCACACUCCUUUUGUCACCCUCUCUAAACUUGUUCACAUUUCGCUGAGUCUUUUUAUUUGUGCGAAUUAACAUCGAGUAUAGGUCAAGCAGAAGUCUAUUGGCUAGGAUAUACACAUAUAUGUCUUAAGAUUAGGGUUUAUGUAGAUAUUAUUACCCCUUGAGGGAGACAUUGUUUGUAUAAUGUAUCUGUUUGCACUCUUUGUAUUCGACUCGACACUCGAGUAAAGUAAAGAAAAGGAACAUUGGAAUGUUU